ACUGCAUACCGCAAAAGAGUAAAUUCGCGACUGUCAGAUCGCAGGACAUGAGGUGAGCGAGCGUACGCACCUCCACGUUUCCGCGCUGGCGAGAGAGUCGGUGGACGCGCGGUCGCAAACAACCACCCGCACCCGUACUUCCUCCGCUUUUUCGGCAUAUUUGCACGACAGUCGCGCGCGAGAAAGCGUCUCGGUAGCAAGCAGCUGAUCGCUCGCCGAGAAGAAGAGAACGCGACUCGCGAGGAGCGAACGGUAAAACGCGCGCGUCAUCGCUUCCGGACUUGGCGCGCAUGUCGAAAUGACGAUGAAUGUGAAAAGUAGAAUUCAAUCUCACCUGUAAUAUUACGACGACAGUUAGAGAAUCGCCGUGCGAACAAGAGCUCUCGAUAGGAUGGGGUCCAUCUGAAAAGCAAAUAUAUCAGCUUUAUAUAGGUUUGCGUCAAUUUAUGCAUCUCUUCCGAAUUCCACGCUUCGAUCGAUAUCGUCGAUCUCAGGCAAUCGCGUCAUGUCCAAGUACAACGUCAACGAGGAGUACGACAUGGAGAACCGCAGGGAGGUAACACUGACCGGCUUCAGCAAUAACGCGCUUGACGAUGUUCUUCGCAGCAACAAUAAUGAAUCGAAUGCUCUGAACGGUAAUCCUGGCAGUGCUCAUGCUAUCACCAAAGAUGCAAAAAUUGUUAAUCUCGAAGUGCCACAAAAUUCCGAUAAAAACGCCUUAUAUACCUCCGGAAAAAGGUGGUUUUAUCGACGAGUAAGAAGCUCUUGCCAGAAAAAGUUGCUAUUUAAAAGAAUACCGAUCCUAGCGUGGUUACCAAAUUAUCAAAAAAAAUACGUAGUGAGCGAUCUAGUAGCUGGUAUUACCGUAGGACUCACUGUUAUACCGCAAGCUAUAGCGUACGCUAACGUUGCCGGACUUCCGUUACAGUAUGGACUCUAUUCGUCUUUUAUGGCCUGUUUCGUGUAUACAAUUUUUGGCUCUUGGAAAGAUGUACCUGUGGGACCAACCGCGAUCGUCGCACUUCUAACAAGAGAGACAUUACAAAAGGCCCAUCUAGGGCCCGAUUUCGCAAUAUUAUUGUGUUUCGUCUCGGGCUGCAUUUCUCUACUGAUGGGCAUUUUGCAUUUAGGAUUCCUAUUGGAUUUUAUAUCGGGGCCAGUAUCCGUGGGUUUUACAUCGGCGGCAUCGAUCAUCAUCGCUACCAGUCAGGUGAAAGAUAUUCUCGGGGUCCAAGUUACCGGUACUAAAUUUGUGGAAGUUUGGCAAAGUAUCUUCGAGCAUAUCGGCGAGACGAGAUGUUGGGAUACCAUUCUCGGAGUUAUCUGCAUAAUCAUUCUUCUGCUUCUCCGAAAAGUGAAAGACUGGCCGAUAAUAUCAAAAAAUACCAAAGUACCGUCGCAGCUUCAACAAAUCAUCACAAAGUUGCUCUGGCUGAUUUCCACAUCCAGAAACAUCAUCAUAGUGAUUGUCUGCGCGGUUAUGUGCUGGCUCUUCGAGAAACAUCUCGGAGAAUCGCCCGUCAUUUUAACGGGUCAUGUGAAACAAGGACUGCCAGAAUUCCGUUUACCGCCUUUCGAAGCUCAGGUCGGGAACGAAACCUAUACCUUCAUCGAUAUGGUUUCUUCCCUAGGCACUGGUUGUCUGAUCGUCCCCAUGUUGAGUUUGCUAGAAACCAUCUCCAUCGCCAAAGUAUUCUCGGAGGGCAAAUCGAUAGACGCGACUCAAGAGAUGCUAGCAUUAGGCGCGUGCAACGUGAUAUCAUCAUUUGUGUCAUCGAUGCCCGUGAGCGGUGGCCUUAGUCGAGGCGCGGUCAAUCACUCGUCUGGAGUAAAGACUACGCUCGGUGGCGUCUACACCGGCUUAUUAGUACUUAUAUCGUUACAGUUCCUCACACCUUACUUGUAUUAUAUCCCGAAAGCCGCCUUAGCAGCCGUCAUUAUCGCUGCGGUCAUCUUUAUGAUGGAAUUUCAGCUGGUGAAGCCGAUGUGGCGAAGCAAAAAAAUUGAUCUCAUACCAGCUGUAGCUACGUUCCUAUGUUGCCUCUUUAUACGACUCGAAUUGGGCAUAGUAAUCGGCAUUGGUAUAAAUCUCCUGUUCCUACUUUAUGCCUCGGCUAGACCAACGUUACGAGUUCAUAAAGCUACGAGUAUCGGUGGUUGUAAAUAUCUUGUCAUAACUCCGGAUCGAAGUCUGGUGUUUCCAAGUGUUGAAUACGUGCGAGCCAUCAUUAGUAAGCAGGGAUUGCGAGAAGGAACCGCUAUGCCAAUUGUAAUAGAUUCCACGCAUAUUCAAGCAGCCGACUUCACCGCUGCAAAGGGUAUUAAAACUUUAAUAGAGGAUUUUGCUAAGCGAGGUCAGCCCUUAAUCUUUCAUAACUUAAAGCCGAGCGUUAUCGAGAUCUUUAAAGGUGUAAAACCUUCGGGCCUCACGUGCAGUUCUAGUGAACUCGAACUCAAUGACUGCCUUAAAGAACAUACAAAUGUUUCCAUGGAAGGCCUCAAUCGAUAUUAAACACAUGUGGAUGAAGAACAAUAGAUUCGAAUAAAUUUUUCCUUUCUGAAUAGAAAUCAGUAUUAUAAUAAAAAUAUCGUGGCUUUCACACGUUAUAGAUAAUAGUGUAUAUAUAGAUAUGUACAUAUGUGUAUUUAUAAGAAUUGACAUAAAAUUAGCCUUGUAAAUCUGCGCGAUGUACACAAGUAAAAUAUUCUUGCACAAAAAGCGGGAAC